AGUGGUGUUUACGUGUACUUUAAAAGUGUAGUAAAGAAUAGCAGAAAUAAAGCUUUUCCAGUCCGCAGUCCACUCAACAUCCACCCCGUAGAGCAAACAUCUUUACGUGUGUGCCACGCACUGGUCGGACAAGUUUGAUGGGAGCACACCCCGGCACCGAAACAAUCCACCGUACAAAAGCGAAUGAAAAGUGCAGUAGGCGAAAAGGUGCAGAUUUUUCGAGGACGUUCGUUUCACAGGUGUACCAGGGGUGAGGACGCAACGCACACGUCGAGGUAGACGAAAGUUUCGUGCACCGUGUUCCACCGGGAGGUCCGGUAGACAAGAUUAACAUAUUCUUCGAAACAAUCAGCCAGCUGGCUGAAAACUGCAUCAAGAUGCGUACCCUAGGGCUGUCCGUGAUCAGCAUGCUGCUGACCGGGCUGGUGAUUGGUAAUGCUUACUAUCAGAAGAAGCAGUUUUACCCGUCGGUGGUGUACAUCACGAAAUCCAACCCGAGCAUGGCUGUAAGUUACCGAAUCUCCCGUUUGUACCUUCGUUAUGCACGGGACCGUGUGGACUGGUCUGCUCUAUGUACACGUAUUUUCUCUUUUCCAAAGGUCAUAUACAUUCAGUCACUCGUGCUUGUGUUGAUGUUGGGCAAACUGAUGAAAAAAAUCUUCCUCGGCACGUUACGAGCUGCUGAGUUCGAGCAUCUGAUGGAGCGGUUCUGGUACGCGCUGACAGAAACCUGCCUCGCGUUUACCGUCUUUCGAGAUGAUUUCAAUCCAAAGUUUGUGGCACUGUUUACAGUGCUACUCUUUCUGAAAUCCUUUCACUGGCUGGCAGAAGAUCGUGUGGAUUAUAUGGAACGCAGCCCCGUGAUCGGUUGGUUAUUUCACGUCCGAGUGGCCGGACUGCUGCUCUGUUUGGGGUUGUUCGAUUACGAGCUAAUAUCGUACGCGUACCAAUCCACUAUCGCGAAAGGCGUUACGGUGCAGCUUGUGUUCGGGUUCGAGUAUGCCAUCCUAAUGACGAUGGUCAUUAACACGGCCAUAAAGUACAUCUUCCACGCAGCCGAACUGCGGUCAGACACACCCUGGGAAAACAAGGCAGUAUUCUUGCUAUACACCGAAUUGAUCAUUGGCUUCACGCGUGUCGUGCUGUACGUGGUGUUUGUUAUUUUGAUGGUUAAAAUAUUCACCCUGCCAAUGUUCGCCUUCCGACCGAUGUACUACACUAUGCGAAACUUCAAGAAGGCUUUGAACGACGUUAUUCUAUCAAGGCGCGCUAUCCGCAACAUGAAUACGCUCUAUCCGGAUGCGACACCCGAGGAGCUACAAAUGUCCGACAACAUUUGUAUCAUCUGUCGCGAAGACAUGGUGAGCAGCUCGAAGAAGCUCCCGUGUGGUCACAUAUUCCACACGGCUUGCCUGCGUUCCUGGUUCCAGCGACAACAAACAUGUCCGACCUGCCGGUUAAACAUUCUGCGUACACCGAUCACAGCAGCCACUGCUCCUGCUACUCCAGCGCCGAACAAUAAUGGAAACGAUACGAAUAAUGGUGCUGGCGUAGCAGCUGGUACCGAUACUAGUCGUCCGACGAUGGUGACUGGCAGCGGAGGCGCUGGUGUUACCGGUAGUGGUGCUGUGACAACAGGGGCUACAUUAGCGAAUGGCCUUACGACGACAGGAACGAGCGCAUUACCACUAUUUCCUCCAGCACCGAUGAUGUUGCCACCGUUUCCAUUUGUGGGUAUGCCCUCGUACACGAUGCCCUUGCCACCAGUGCCACCAUCACUGGACACACUGUCGGACGAAGAGAUCCGUGCAAUGGAAGGCAAUGAAAGGCGCCACAUCGAGGAACGCAUUAGGCAUCUGCAGAAUAUACGCACUCUGCUCGAUGCAUCCGUUGCACUCAUGAAUCAGUACGCAGCCAUAACGGCCCGUUUGCCACCGGAAGCUGUGGCCCAUUUGCAGCAGCAAACGUCUCAACCCAAUUUAGCAAUGGCCAAUUCUACUAAUGCUGCUGCUAGCAGUUCUGCUACUGGUACGAACAUUACUACAUCACCGACAACAAUGACCACCUCGGUAACGGAGGCAACAACGGCUGUAAGUGGUGCAAGCACUAGUAAUCCAUCAGUCACAGCAGAUGUUGUUCCCGAAAGCAGCAGCAGCAAACCUAGCAGUAGUAAGGUUAGUGAUAGUGAUAGCAGUAGAGUAAGUAACAAUAGCGUCUCGGUCACCGGGAAGGCUGCCGGUAGUACGGGGUUGAGUCAACCGAAACUAGAAGAUCUCGGACCGCUGAGCAGCGACGAAGAUGAUGCCACGGUGAAGCUGAAAAAGGAUUCAUUGCCGAUCGAUAGUAAGGUGUUGCUCAUUACACCCGAUCAGAUGCAGGAUGCAGCCGGUCCAUCGAGGGUGACGGAGCUAAACGGUGGGGGCGCAUUAAAACGACCCGAAAGUGCCGCGAUGAGCGAGUUACGCCGUCGACGUUUGGAAAAGUUUGCCACCACAAGUCCAUCGGAUACGAUAAACAGUCAGCAAGAACAGCAACAAUAAGGAAGAUAAAAAAGAAGAUGUUCAAAAGUUGGCGGGAACGUCUUCCAAUGCCAAAUAGGAUGGAACAGAAGGCGAAAAACAUUCUCAACAAGGCAUCACGAGACAUACGAUAGCAAGGACCAUUUUCGCGCCGAUAUAUGUCAAACUAUAAUGAUAAGAACGUGGACAGUCUCGUGCUCUCCCUCUCUGCAAUUGGUUCGUGCUGCUUUACUACAUUACACACUCGUAUCUCUGGUUGGCAUUUUUUCACGCGCGUAUACAUACCUUUUCCUGGCCUGGUGCCUGGAUGGAAGAUCUUGCAUAUCUUGGUUUUUUUUAAAAUAAUAAAUCUAUCGUUUAUAUUUCUCCCGAAAGCAUAGCUACAAUCGUGUUUCGCAUGUUAAUCGAUUUUCUUUCUCUUGCUUUCGCUUGUUAUAUCAAAAUAUGCGUGUAUGUAUAGUUGUUUUAUAUGUAACAAAAAUCUGCAUUUGUUAUGUUUUCUUUGUUUGUUUCUAUUCGCUGCAGCGCAGUCGAAUAAUUACAAUAACAGCAGAGGGUAACCUUAAUUGCAUUCCCUAUUUUUCCCCUUCCUGUUGUGGGACCUUCCCGAAAGACCAAAUAAAAGAAUGGACACGCGAAAAGUCACAAAAGUGUUGGGAGGUGUGUGUAACAUAUUUUUAAAUCUCUCCCUCAUUGCUGAUACAAAUGAGCACUAAAGAAAGUGAGAUUCAGCGAAGAUGUGUGUAACUGGUCGAGGAAAAACAAAACAUUUAAAAACAGAAUAUAGAAUAUGAAUGUAGAAAUACAAACAAAAUACAUGCAUCUCGUACGUAUAUAGGUGUGUGUGUGUGUUUCGUUGUGAAUCACAUAAAAAGUGAUUGCGAAACAAUAGCAAAGAAUGCUUAAUGCGACGUAUAAAAAAUUGUUCUACAAACAAGCAAAACGGAAAAGAAUACAGAAUGUAUAAAAUCGAACCAUUUGACAAACAAACAAUCAGCCUCGAGUUUCUGUUUGUAAAAGCGGCAACUGUUAGAUAGAUAGGUGAUGUAAUAUGGUGAUGAAACGAGGUGAUCCCUCUCAGGAUCGUCGAGGACGACACUCCAAUCGUUGGAACUGUUUUGCGGGAAAUCGAGGAUAUCGGGGGGAAAUUCAAACGGCUUUUGUGUAAGCAAAACCACCGGACAUCAAACUGCAUAGGAUGGCAGAGCAUAGGUCCGGCACGAACGAAACCACUCGGGAGAGUUGGUUCGUCUGGAAGUCUCUUAUACAUGAGCGUAAUGUAAAUAAUGCUAUCAUAUUGUACUGUGGAAUCUAAAAAUAAUAAAGGCAA